AGCUACUCCAGUGUCACUACGGCGCGAAUCGACCAUAACGAUGAGUCUGUCUUGCGAAGUUUGUAACAUAACUGUGCAUUCUGACUCUGUGAUGAAAGAACAUUGUCAAGGAAGAAACAUAAGCGAAACCAGAUUUUGUAUGACAGACGUAAAGACCUUGCAGACAGGAGUGUAUUCACAAGGGGCUUCCCCCCCAAAACAGAAGAGAGCACGCUGAAGGAAUAUUUCUCUAAAUAUGGAGAAGUCCAGAGAAUCCUUCAGGACAAGGACAGAGGUGUAUAUGCCAUUAUUGAGUUCACAAAUGGGGAUGCCUUGUCAAAGAUUUUCAUGGAAAAACAUCACGUAAUAUCUGGACAUAAAAUUGUGAUCAAGCCACGGGAGUUCAAGCCCCCUGUGGCCAAGCCGUCUGACCCAGGGGCCCGUGUCCCACAGAAGAGACAAGGGGUGUUCCAGCCGGUGGCUUGCAAGAUGCGGGAAAGUCAUGCGUUACUGACAGACUUUGACUUCAGGGUGGACUGUUUGCCAGAGCCAGAGAGUUUGAGGAGAGUUCUCCAGUCCUGUCACACGGUGGAGGGCCAGAUGAAGGUUCUGUGUGAGGAGUUGGAACUGGAGCGGGACGAUCUUAAAGCCAGAUCCAAGAUUGUUUCCACGUUGAAUGAGCUCUUUGAACAGUUUUUUGCUGCUUGUAGGUUAGAUAUAUUUGGCUCCUCUGACAAUGGUUUUGGCACAAAGGGUUGUGACAUGGACCUGUUUCUUGACUUGAGGACUGCAGAGAGGCUGGAAAAGGAGAAGUCUGGAAAAGUCCAGUAUCCAGUGCAUGUCAUCAAUCUCACCUCCUGUAAUUGUCCAAAGUGUAAAGAAGAUGUUGAGCCCAAGUAUUCACAACUGCAUCUAAGAGGUAUAAAGUCUUUGGAAGGAAAAGAGUUUCCUGUGUCUGCGAAAAGUCUGUCAGAGGUCACGUUAUUCGACAAGGUCAAAUUGGUGGGACGAAUUCUGACUCAGUUCCACCCUGGGUGUAGUGAUGCUCACGUCAUUCCAAGCAUCCGCUGUCCAGUUGUGCGAUUCAGUCAUGCCCCAACGGGGAUCAAGUGUGACCUCUCUGUUAAUAACAGACUUGGGCUGCAAAACACCAAACUUCUGAAGUUUUUCUGUAACGUUGACCCCCGAGUUCGCCCUCUUGUGUUCGCCCUGAGGUAUUGGGGGAAGCUCAAGGAAGUAUCGACUAAUCCUGUGUCUGGACCACGUCUUACAAACUAUGCUUUGAGUCUCCUUGUGGUUUUCUUCCUGCAGAACACACAGCCACCCGUAUUACCCACUAUGGCUGAGUUAGAAGUGUUACCAGAAAAUACCUCGAGGACAAUGAUAGAUGGAUGGGACUGUUCAUUCCAAGGCCAAAAGCCUGAGGGGAGAGAGGAGAACAAGAGUUCAGCAGAAGACUUGCUGGUGCAGUUUUUCCAGUUUUACUGCAGUAUUGACUUCAGUAAUGUGGUGUUAUCAACACGAACAGGCCGGAUCAUUCCAGUGUCUGAAUUUUAUGAAUCUUUAAGCAAGAACGAUAGAGCUAAAUACUUCAAGACAGGACCAAUAUCAGUGCAAGAUCCAUUUGUCCUUGACCACAACAUCACCCUGAAUGUCAACGACAAAGUGCGACUGAAACUGGUGGAUGAGCUCAACAACGCCCGGCAGAUUUGUCAGGAGUCUUUUUCGCCUCCUGCAGAUAAGCAGGAGUUAUGGGGCCUGCUAUUACUGUUUGACUCCUCACCAGAGGGUGCUACUGGAGAGCUGAACACUUCUGGCUCUAAAUCUGAAGGGAAGUCCAUCCAAAAUGCCUUCUGUGUUGUCCUGAAGAUGUCUCAGAUGUCUGAAAGCAUGGUGAAAUACCUGAACAGCUGCCCUGAUUACAGGGUAGAGUGGGUGUUAGCUGUGUGUAGAUUUCUACAGAUCAUGCUCACAGACAUCUUAUUGUUUGACUGUACGGUAGAAUGGGACGGCCAGGCAGUGUUACCCGAGACUGUGUGCAGCCAGGCUAUGAACAGCGUCAAACUGCAGGCAGACUCAGGAGGGAUACCCACAUCUCAGUCAGACAAAGGGAGAUCACCCAAAGCAUCCUCCACUAGUGUUGUUGCUGCUGAUAGAGUGGAAAGACCAAGUAGUGAGACACCCAUGGCUGUAACAGACAGUGGAAAUGAGUCCCCAGAAAAUCCAUCUGCACAGGUGUCUCAACGUCUUCCAGGUGACUCAGCGGCUCAGCGAGCUGACACAAAUAAAAGAUGCAGGAAGGAGGAUGAAAUCUCUUCAGAUUCAGUGAAAAGGUGCAAAAAUGAGACCAGCGUGAGUACAGGAGAGGUGAGUGACAUGCAGAAGGUAGAGGCUGGCUGCUCCAAAACUGACAGACGUGAGCAGCAUGACCUGGCACUGACGAGGUCAAGUGGUCGCCUGCCAUGUCUAAGGCUUCAGUGCAGUUCUGUGUACCGAACUUGGAAUGGCAGGAAACCUGUGCGUAGACACCUGGUCAGCAAUGGAGCUUGUGACAGCCUGGAGCUGGAGAGGAAAGUCACAGAGGGUUUGCUUAAGGCUGACAUACCUGCUAAGAAACCUGUCCUCCAGUUUACCUGUGAGAUAGAGGCUGUCAUAGAACCAGGUAAAACUGCUGCACUCAUCGCUUUUAAACCGGGAAAAGUCGGUGCAAAGGAGUUUACAUGCUUUUAUCCAUUUGCCAAAACUUACCUGACGAAGGCUGUGGACAAGUACCUGGCAGAAACCAUUCCACAACUCUCUGCUUAACUUCUUUAUUGAA